AUGUACACAAGAAAAAUAGCAUCGACCGUAGCCAAAACUGCUUGCAAGACCCUCAACCCCCCCCCUGGGGCAUCGGCGAUACCUGCAAAGGUAAGAAGCAAAGUUAGCAAUCCGUAUCAAAACAAGGCGAUCAGCAUCCCCCGCGUAGAACCUGUCCUCAAUGGCAAUCUACCUGGCUUACUGAAACCUAGCGAAGACUCCUUAGGGAAAGACGAGAGUCUGAGUAAAAUAGUUAACGUGGUGCGCGCCGCCACGGCUCCGUUUGCGGAUUUGGAUGAAGUUAUCGCCAGACCGCCAGGGACGGAGCUGCGCAGCGCCGAGACUUGCAAAGAAGCGUCCCUCCCGGUGCCAGGAACUCCUCGCAUCACGUACCGGACCCUUGCGGCCUCGCUAGUAUGCCCGAAGAAGUUCUACCUCUUUCAGCAGCGCCCGGACUUGCUGCCGGAGGUCUCGAUUGGCGAGUCCGUCUUCUUAGACGACUCAGCCGGGUUCAACGAACUUGCUCGGCAGUGGGAUCGUCUUCAAUUCGGUAGCAAAGCGAUCCUAAUAUCCGAUAGCGGUCUUGUUGAGGCCGCCCAGCACACGGAGAAGGUCAUUGUUGAUUACUUCGAGACGACCCACGCCUCCUUAAAGGAGCAGGCGCCCUCCCUGACGAUUCACCGACCCGCCUUUUUAGCGCCCUUUGGCGGUCCCCCCUCUGCGAACCCCUCCCAUCCGCUGCUGCUUUGUGCGCGGCCCUUAGUCCUUCGCUACCGCCCCAAGGACAACCAGUGGGUGAUCCUCGAGGCGCAGGCCGUGGUGGACCCCCUCGCCACCGCGGCCCGUGCGGGGCAGAUCCUGCAGCGCCUCCAUUUCUCCGCCCUCGCCUUCCUGCACAGCGUCACGCAGCCCCACAUCCCGAUCGCCCUGCGGAAGCGCUUCCUCGACUUCGACCCCGGCAGCCUCACGGCGGACCGCCUGAAGGGCAGCGCGCCGGCCUCCCAGGCCCCCGCGGUCCUCCCGAUCGACCUCAAGCGGAGUGGCGUCCUGCACAUCCGCCAGUUCUUCCCCGGGCCCGUCACCCUUCUGGACUGCGACCCGCCCCGCCUAGUGAAGUUCAUCCAGCGCCUCUCCCUCGAGGAGCUCUUGCACGCGGACGGGCGGCCUCGACGCCGGCCCCCCACCUCCCACAACGGCAGCUCCACGACGGCCUUCGACCUCCCCCCCCUCACCCGCUUCGCGCCGGAGGUGCUGGCCGCCCACAAGGCUAUGGAGGAGGCCCUGGAGCGGUCAGACCACCAGGGCUGCCCCCGAAGCCCCCGCAGCCUCCGCCGCCGCGAAACCACUGAGGUCGAGCUCUUUCAAACCCAGCAGCGCCUCAUGCACGCGCUGCUGCGCCACCACACCCUCCCGCUCGUCAAGAAGUUUAACGACCCGGCGCAGGUGCGGCGUUGGGUGGCCUUCUCAAGCGAGGCCCCCGACGGCCUCGUUCGCCCUACCUACGCGGGUGGGGAGGAAAAGCCCCAUGCCAAGGCCGAGGCCGACGACGCCAAACUUGGCAAGGGCAGGAAACAAGGUGCAGGCAAGAAAACCUCGGGAAAGGGCGUCGACCCAAAGGAUCACGCGGCGGAUGCGCCAUGCGGGGCGUCCUCGCCAGUCAUCCCCAGCAUCCCUCACUACUCGAAGCAUAUCUCCGCCCUCUGCUCUCGGGGCGACACCUGCCCUUUUUUUGUAGAGGGGAUGUGUCUGCCUCAGAAGGUCGCGAAUCCGAUCAAAGCGUGCGAUAACCAUCUCUUCACACUCCCUUCCACCUCAGUAGGGCGAAAGGCGGCGUGGUGGGGCGAGGGGUUGCGCACCAUUCAUGACGUGCUAUACAAAUAUAAAUCGGGUCAUAUCAAGCUCACGGCACCCCAACUGCGCUAUGUUAAAACCGUCGCGGAUGGUCAUAUUGCCAUCAACACGAAGGAAAUCGACAAAUUCUUUGCCCAAAUUCGCUACCCGACGUUUAUCAUCGACUUCGAGGCCUCCCAGUUCGCGCUGCCGCCGCAUCAGAAGAUCAACGCCUACACUCCCGUACCAUUUCAAUUCUCACUGGACGUCUUCCAGGAGGACAUCCUCUCCGAGACGCCCACACACUACGACUUUCUGCAUUUUGGCAAGGGUUAUUCCCCAAAUGAAGACCCGCGCCCGAGCCUUAUCGCCGAGCUAAUGCGUGUUGUCAAGCUGGAGCGAGAGCGAAAACGCAAAGCGAUGGAGGCCUCUGGUGAAAUAGGAAAAGACGAAAAAGAAACGGAAACCAAGGGCAGAGGGAAGCGGGGAGCUAAGAAAGCUCCCAAAAUUACCAAAAACAAUCCAUUGGAAGAGCCCCUGACACCUUACGAUGGAUGCUUUAUCGCACACUUUAGUUCCUUCGAGAAGUCCUGCCUAGAGAAGCUGGGACAGCUCGAAGAGCGCUUCAAAGAGGAAAUUAAAAGCUUUUAUUUCCUUGACACAAUGGACCUCAUUAAGAAAGGCUUUAGUCACCCCAACGCACAUGGCUCGAACUCACUCAAAAAAGUGCUCCCUGCGCUAUGUCCAGACUUCCAGUACGGUGUGUUUGGCAGUGAAGUAGGAGACGCCGAUAAUGAGGAGGGCGAACUACUAGUUCACAGUGAAGAUGGGGCUCGGCAGGAUGAGCAAAAGGGCGAAAACGCAAUGGGUAUCUUCCGGUUGUGGUAUCAUCAAGAAGGUGGUGGGACGAUUCAGGAUCUUAGGCGAGGCGCGGAAGCUCUACAACCUCUUAGAAAUCACACCGGUAUUAAUGGAUCGGGUAGCCAUUCUGCAGACGAUGCGCUCUCUCGAAGUUGUGUGCCGAAGGAGGUGCGCGAAAAGGUAUGGAACCGUCUCCGCAUUCAGCUUCUGGAAUAUUGCUCCCUCGAUACAAAGGCAUUGUAUGAAAUUAUGCGUGAAAUUUGGAACGAGAAGGAAGUUUCGAAGAAUCUUCCGUCGCUUGAUAAGUCGGGGUGGGUUUAUGUAGCACCCACAUCCAGAGAGGUAUCAUUCUGA